GUUGACGACGCGUAACGCCCUGAGCACUCUCGGCAAGUCAACUUCCUCCAUCCUGGUCCACCUCACUCGCAUCUGACAAGCUCCAGCAGUCACAUCCAUCAACUUGAAGGUGAAGGCAUCAUGGCUGACAAAGAGACAGACAAGCCCAUCGAUGAGGAGGUGGACGAGACGGACCUGAACUACCAGCCGCCGGCCCCCAAGUCCCUCAAGGAGAUCGAGGAGCUGGACAAGGACGACGAGAGCCUCACCAAGUACAAGCAGGCUCUGCUGGGCGCAGGACCCGUCGUGGCAGACCCCACCAUCCCCAACGUCCAGGUGACACGGCUGACCCUGAUGUGUGACGCGGCACCUGGACCAAUCACCAUGGACCUGGCAGGUGAUCUGGAGGCUUUGAAGAAGGCGAAUUUCACCAUGAAGGAAGGCGUUGACUACAGGGUGAAAAUUCACUUCAAGGUCAACAGAGAGAUUGUGUCUGGACUGAAGUACGUCCAUCUGACCUACAGGAAAGGCUUGAGAGUGGACAAGGCAGUGUACAUGGUGGGAAGCUAUGGGCCGCGUGUGGAGGAGCACGAGUUCCUGACCCCGGUGGAGGAGGCGCCCAAAGGCAUGCUGGUCCGCGGCGGCUACCACAUCAAGUCCCACUUCACAGACGACGACAAGACAGACCACCUCUCCUGGGAGUGGAACCUGCAGAUCAAGAAGGACUGGGACGAGUAGAGAAUAGAGCCGAGCACACCUUCACCUCCACCUCCACCUCCAUCAUCCGUCCAUCUAUCCAUCCAUCUAUCCAUCCAUCUAUCCAUCCAUCCAUCCAUCCAGCCAUCCAUCCAUACAUACAUACAUCCAUACAUACAUACAUACAUACAUACAUACAUGCACAUAAAUAAAUACAUACAUACAUACAUACAUACAUACAUACAUACAUACAUACAUACAUACAUACAUACAUACAUACAUACAUACAUACAUACAUACAUACAUACAUACAUACAUACAUACAUACAUACGUACAUACGUACAUACAUACAUGCAUACAGCAACUCCACUUUGCUCUACUCCACUCACCUGGGCCGCAUUUCCAAAAACCAUAGCUAGUAGCUAGUCAGCAACUUAAGUAGUUGGCAAUGGGGCAUUGUAUUGCAACCUUGACAGAGGAUAAGUUAGCUACCAAGUAUGGUUUUGGGAAACGGGCUCCUGCACAAAACAUGAUGGCAUAUGAGAGAGGUGUACAUAUAACAGGGUGAUAGGCUAGUGUAGGGAAGGUUCAUACGUGGGGGUUGGGGUGGGCGUGGGUGGGAGGUAGGGGCGCUUCAAAAAACAGCUUGUUUAUGUACUGUAACCAAUGAAAGUGAUGUACGUGCAUAUUUACUUGUAUAACAGGGCGAUGUCUAGGAGCACACAGGGAUGAUUAUCAACACAAGAAUUAAGGAGAGGGAGAGAAUGAAGAAAGGCGUUACUCUACAAUGUACUAUAAAUGUAUUUUCAGAUGGAUUCCUCAUGCCUGUUUUCCUCAGGUAAUUUUUUUUUGCUUCCUCUCAGACACGUGUACCCGUGUAAAUAAUGUAAAAUGUCAUCAUCAUCAUCACAGCCUACAUUUCAAACACGCAAACAUACAUAGGCUACAUAUACACAUUGGCUGAGUGUUGUAUCACAAUGUGCCAAUUCCGUCAUGCGCAUGCUUGAGUGAGCCACCCCUGUGCAGUGAUCAUUUGCGACUGUGUUUGACCCGUGAGCAGAAUUGUGAAAUCCUGAUCCGCAGAGAUUGUCUUUUUUUUAAUGUCGUUGUGAUGAAAUUUCGCUGCAGUGUUGCGUCAUUGGCCAUCAUCAUGGGCUGGGAAUUAAAGAGUGAACAACAUUUGUAACAGGGCACUGCUCUAAUUCAUUGUAGUUACGGUACACAUCUGGAGCAGCAAACUUAAUGACAAACAUAAUGGCACUGCUCAUUAAGAAGUUUUACCUGCACAUUGGUAUUAACAUUUUAUUAAUCAUGAAUAAAUUCAUUACAUGUCAUUAAUUUGGACCAAUUGGUCGUACUAUCCAAAUAUUACCAAAUCAUAGUCAUAUCAUACGUGUGUGGAUUCCUGUUCUGCCUUAUUCAUCCGUCUUUCUGCUCAGUUAAUAGUUUAUCUUCAGAGGGGUAUGUGUGAAUAAGAUCCUUAAUGAUAAACUGAACCAUCAUAUCAAUUCACUAGUUUAAACCAUCUGUCUUGUCAUACAGUGUACGUAUGACUAGCAGGUAGUUUAGACAGGUCACAUCGUUACAACAACAACGUCGUUUUUCAUUGACACGCAUUUCGACAUGUUCUUGUUUAUAUACAUUUAUUUUUUAAUUUUAUUUUUUUAUUAUGAUUAAACAGCCCAGCCCUAAAUGUAGAUAAGGCAUAGCUUCACAUUCAUCUUACAGUACACUAAGUACAAAUAUAAUGCAUUGCAUUGCAUAGCACAUUUAUCGACAUAAACACAUGAAAUAAAAUGAAACAUUUCCUUCAAUGUAGAAUGUGCAUGUAUCGUGACAUAUGAUUCUUCUGUAGGAGGGAACUUUGACUUUUAAGACGUGGCCAACAUUACAAAUAAAUGUAGCCACAAUGAAGCGCUUACUGAAAAUGAUCAGCCAUUUUGCAAACGUUUCCUGUGGUUCCAUUUUGGUUAAAUGAUUUUAAAAAAAGAAUGUGUAUCAUGGAAGCCAAUGCUUCGUCCCAAUAGUACAUUUCAAAUUCAGCAAAUUUACAUAUGUGUUUAUUUUUUUGAAAAUGGUUGUGUUGAUUUAAAGUAAUGAUGGUAUUCAGAAAUGGUUGUAAGUGACUCUGUAUUUUGCAGUAGGACCACUGAGCUUUGCUGCAUGAUCUUUUGCUUUUUAUACUAUUAGUAUAGUUACAUUUUCUUGUGAUAUUCCAAUUGGCACAACGUCUCAGAAGACUGCUGUUGAUUUUGAAGAGUGCAGGUGUGGUCUAGUGUAUCAUUUCAUUUUACAGGCAAUCAGCUUUUUGGACCCUUGCAAGGCAUUGUGAAACCUUUAAAUGCAUCUUGUAUUUUCUAAUAAACUUAUGCGCAGUU